AAAAAAAUUAUAAAAAUUAAGAAAAACGUUUUCCGUAUACAAAAAUAAUUUAAGUGUACUGCUCAACAGCAAACGCGGCUCAAAAAUAUGUAAAAAGUUUAAACACAUUCCAUCGGGACCGGAUAAUUUAAUUACUUGUACAUACAGAUGUAUGUAUGUAUAUUGAAAUAAAAUAUUUUAUGCAAAUAUAAGAUACUCGUACAAACGUGAUACGGUCAACCAUUUUUUUCCUCCUUAAAAAUUAUCUCUCAGUCGCGUGGAUGAAUGAAAUGUAUUCGGUGGAAACACAGUGAUUUAAUUUAAGCGGGUAAUUCACUUCGGGUGAUUCGUUGUAAACACAUACAUUUACAUAUAUGUAUGUACAUUCGGACAGAUCUUCGGGUGUAAUUGAAAUAUGUAUAUGCGGUCGAUCAAGCAGCAGUGUCAGCGUAUUGAUAUUGACAAAAACAAUGCAAAUACAGCAAUAUAUAAUAUAUACCAACAAUGAAUCUACAUGCAAAUUUAUAUACAUAGAGAUUUGUUCGCGAAUAUAAGUGACUCGUUUAAAUAUCUCAAAGGCGUAAAUAUUGUUUGUAUUUCAAAAAACAGUCACAUUAUCCUGAAGGCACUGAACAUUACACCUCAGGGAGUCCUUAAGGUCGCGCUUGAAUAUCACGAAUCCAUUGAAUUUAUUUAUUGUGAAAUAGUUAUGUCUUUAACUGGCGCGGUAUAAAAGUGAGUGUAAAAAGCAACAUAAAAUAAAAACGAGUGUUGGAUAAAAAGUGAAGUGAAUUACAAAUAAAGUAGAUUAAAACAUAUUUAUAAUGGUUUUGCUGCCAAUAACACUUGCACUCAUCCUGCUUAUGCGCAUGGACAAUAUGCUGACAGCACUGCAGUUGCAACAAGAACAACAAUUGAUACACCAGCAGCGUUAUUCGCCAUAUCUUAAUGAUUAUAGUUUUAAUUUGUUACCUAGUAGAAGCGAUAUGAUCGAAGAUAUUGUUAACGAACAGUUCAUACUACCAGUUGAUACUUAUAAAAAGGAACAGAGUGAACAGGAGCGUUUAAAGCGCUGCAUAUCUUUUAAGUUUGGUCUCAGCGAGACAACGGAAGUGGAAGACCGCGAUAUUAUGAAAGACGCAAGGACAUCUUUUCUACCACAAGAUACCACCGCAAUACCACGCGAAUGCCUGAAUAAACUUAGCUCCAUCAAAGUUGAUGCAAAUUUUGUAAAUGAUAUUAUUGACCAGAUGCUACGUCGGCGUUCACGUCGCACCUCCGGUGAUAAAAUUGUAGACGUGAAAUUUGGACCUAACUCAGAUGAAAGAGCUACACGCAAUGAGAAUUUAGAUUCGGAUAAUGAAGAAUCUGCUAAUGCGCAGAAUCCACUUAAUGCCGAGGACUCCCGACUUUUUGACUCAACUUCAGCAUUGCAGACAUUUUGGAAAGAGGAGGGUACUAAAGAGAGUAUACGUGAAACUCAGGCAAAGACAAUGCGGAAGUACAUGGAUACCACCGUUAAUCCUUGUACGGAUUUUUAUAGAUAUGCUUGCGGUAAUUGGGAGCGUUUGCAUCCCAUUCCGAAAGAUAAGGCUGGCUUCGACACAUUUGAAAUGUUGCGUGAAAAUCUAGAUGUUGUAUUAAGGGAGCUAUUAGAGUCAAAACGAACCGCGAAAUUGCCGGAACCUCACAAAAAAGUGGUAGAUAUUCAACACAAUAAUUACGAGCAUGACAUUGAAACACAUGCUGAUAUAAUUAAAUCCGGCCCAUCAGUACCCGGUGCAGUGGCUGUGGUUAAUGAGAAAUUGGAUGUGUCCAAAUCUUCAGAUCAAGGCCAACUAAACGAGAAAGCUAUACGUCUUCGGCGACAUAUAGUACAACACAGGGAAGCCCUGGGCUUAGUGCUACGUCGUUACAAACGUCAACAGGCCGCAACAAAUAAAAGAAAGCGUUUGAUUACACUUUUCAGGUUGGGUAACCUUUCGUCCGAGGAUAACAGGAGCACCACAUACGUGGACACUGACGAUGCGCAACUAAAAGCAAAAUAUCUCUAUCAAUCGUGCAUAAAUGCUAAUAUUCUUCAAAAGCGUGGCAUUAGACCACUUCUAAAAUUAAUAGAAAGUCUCGGCAGCUGGCCCGUACUAAAUCCAAAUUGGAACUCAGAAGGUUUCGAUUGGCUCAAUUUAACCGCCCAGCUGCGACGCUACAACAACGAUAUUCUGAUUGUUGAGUGGGUAGGCCCAGAUAUUAAGAACUCCGACGAGAAUAUCAUUCAGUUCGAUCAGACCAGCCUUGGAUUACCCACACGUGAAUAUUUCUUACAAGACGUUAACUCGCGCUACUUGACGGCUUAUCAGUUGUUCAUGUCUGAAAUAAUGCAAAAGUUGGGUGCGCCGCGUGAUCGUGCCAUUAAAACAGCUGCAGAAGUGGUGGAAUUCGAAACACAGCUCGCCUCAAUAACAGCACCCGCAGAGCAGCGCCUUAAUGUAACCAAGCUGUAUAACCGUAUGACACUCAAUCAACUCCGUCAGGCGGUACCGGAAAUAAAUUGGCUACGGUACCUUAGCAUUCUGCAGGAUCGCAAUGUCAGGGACUCUGAAGAGGUGGUCAUUUAUGCACUAGAUUAUAUGAACGAUCUAGUUCGAUUACUGCGAGCAACCGACCCUGCAACUGUGUCUAAUUAUUUACUAUGGCGUUUCGUGCGCCAUCGCAUCAACAACGUCGAUGAUCGUUUCGAGGAUACCAAACAAAAUUUUUAUCAUUCUCUAUUUGGACGCGAAGAAAGCCCUCUACGUUGGAAAGUCUGUAUUGCGCAGGUAAAUAGCAAUAUGGGCAUGGCCUUGGGUUCUAUGUUUGUGCAUAAAUAUUUUGAUGAAAAUAGCAAACGCGAUACCCUCAAAAUGACGCACGAGCUGCAACAAGCUUUCCGUGAAAUAUUAAAAAACACAGACUGGCUGGAUUUAAGCACCAAGCACUUAGCGGAACUCAAAGUAAACGCAAUGUCCCUGAAAAUUGGUUACCCAGAUUUCAUAUUAAACUCAAGUCAGCUAAACGAAAAAUAUGCAGGUAUACGCAUUCACCCGGACAAAUACUUUGAAAACACUCUACAUGUACUUCUUCACACGGCGAAAACAGAACAAGUCAAGCUACAAGAAUCUGUAAAUAAGACAGCUUGGCAGACAGCGCCUGCAAUUGUAAAUGCAUACUAUAGUCGCAACAAGAACCAAAUCAUGUUUCCAGCCGGUAUACUCCAACCACCCUUCUAUCAUCGCCAUUUCCCACGUUCGUUAAAUUUUGGCGGAAUCGGCGUUGUUAUUGGGCAUGAACUUACUCAUGGUUUCGACGAUAAAGGUCGACUGUUCGAUCGCAAUGGCAGCAUACACAAGUGGUGGACAGACACAUCAAUCAAGGGCUUCGAUGAACGAGCGCGUUGCAUAAUUGCCCAGUACAGCAACUAUACGGUUGGAGAGGUCGGCAUAUCCCUUAACGGCGAGAGCACACAAGGCGAAAACAUCGCCGACAAUGGCGGCUUACGCCAAGCCUUCCACGCCUAUAAAGCCUGGUUGAGAAAUAAUCCACAGGCCGUUGUUGAUGAGCGUCUUCCAGGGAUCGAUAUGACAGGAGAACAACUUUUCUUCCUCAAUUUCGGACAAGUGUGGUGCGGUGCUAUGCGACCAGAGGCGGUACGCAACAAACUAAACACAGCGAUACAUAGCCCGGGACGAUUCCGCGUUAUUGGAACUCUUUCGAACUCAAGGGAUUUUGCUAGGGAAUUCAAAUGUCCCGAAGGUUCGCCCAUGAACCCAGUUCACAAAUGUAGCGUUUGGUAGCCAUAAAGGCUAAGAGAAGCCUGAAAGAACUCGCACUUUUAGUAUAAAUAAGAAAUUCGUCAACGAAAAUAUAAGUGUGUUAAAAAUUGAAUAUAAGGAAUCGACUGGAAAAUGUCACAGAACUUCGAACGUAUUUGUAACCGUAUCUGCAACAGUAUACAAGCCUACAAGUGUGGGGUUUCCGCCUACUUUUAACCUCGCUAGAAUGCCCAGUAUUAUAUCACUAUGAACUGAACAGCUAUGGUGUCAAAAGUUAUAAUUUAUAUGCAUAUCUUUCCAGUUGUUUUAUACGAAUUAAAUAGUGCACUAUUGCGAUAGUUAUACUCGUACAUACCGUUAGAACUAAUGUAUUCUAAUCAAUGCAUCAACCGACACAUAGUUAUUAUAUAUUUAUAUGUUAAUAUAUUUUGUGAUAAACUUAGUAUAAAAACCUUUUAGUAAAAUAAAGAUUUAAACGUCA